CAUUGGUUACUUUUUGCCUAACUCUGAAUGUUAAAAGCAUCAGUUACACACAUAAUGUACUCCUUCAGAGUCUGCUUCUGUGUUCAAAGCCAGCGUGCAGUACAGAAAAUGAAUUAGUCCAGCCAUCACUCAGCAAUGAGCAAGGCCCUGCAGGUCUCCCUAGGAUGGCUUUAAGAAGUGCUCCACCGAUGGAGGUCAGAGGGAAAUUGCAUUAUAUGCAGUUCAGUAGGAGGAAGUGAUCUUGAACCAGCCUAUUUCACUUCAGGCAAGCUCAGUUGGUGCAGAAGAUAUGAAGCUCAACUUGGGAAAAGCCAUGGAUAUGUUCAGGAUGGAAAGUGAACACAUGUUGCUGUGAGAUUUGUCUUAAUGGAUGUGACCAGAGGGUGUAAGGGUGGUACAACAAAAUGCAUCCUUUGUAAUUCAGUGUAAGCACAUCUUAAGAAACAGAGGUAGAAAAGUGCUCUGAAAAGAUCAGUGAUGCAUCUAACUUCAGCAAAGCCUCCUUCUGGUGUGUCUGAAGAUGCUGCAGUGUCUUGUUUAUGUUGGCGUAUGUUCUAAAUCAUUCGCACUUUGUUUUGAGAGCCAAACAUGUGGCCCACAUUAUUUUGGGUUGCAAACCACAGGCACCCAUAAAUGCUCAAAAGAAGCUAAAUGGGCAGAGAACAAUGAGUUCUUUAAUGGAUCUAGACACCCCUCCUCUUAAAUCCAAGACUUCAAAGUCAGUUUCAGCUGUCCUGGAUUGUCCCUUGCUUGUAAAGAGCCUGACCUUUUCUGCUUGUUUGUUACAUUCUCAAGAUGAAGCCCCCGGUGGUUACAGCAGUGCUGGUAGUACUGGUGCAGGUUUCUCAUGGUUUCCCUGCCUUGUACCAUCGAGGCUGGUGGAGGCUCUUAAGGGAAGGAGAUGAUUGCGGAAAAUGUGAGCUGGCACUUUGCUCUGAGCCUAAAGACUGUCCAGCCGGGACUGUACUGGACCGUUGUGGCUGCUGUCCUGAAUGUGGAAACGUGGAAGGUCAGAUCUGUGACUUGGACCAGGGUAAUCAUUUUUAUGGGCAAUGCGGGGACAACCUCGAGUGCAGGUUGGAUGCUGACGAAGCCAGGUUUGGGGAAGUUCCUGAACCCCAGUGUGUGUGCAAGUCUCAAGAGAGCAUCUGCGGACCCGAAGGGAAAACCUAUGAGAACAUCUGUCAAUUCAACAAGGCUUAUGCAACUAAGAGAAAUAUCAGCAUGAAACAUAAAGGACCCUGUGAAUCAGCUCCUGUGAUUUCUGUGCCACCCCAGGAUGUCCAGAAUUUCACAGGCAAUGAUGUCAUUUUUGGCUGUGAGGUGUCAGCCUAUCCUAUGCCACACCUUGAAUGGAAAAAAAAAGGGAAUAAAAUGUUUCUGCCGGGAGAUGAUGCCCAUAUCUCAGUACAGGCAAGAGGUGGACCUCAGAAGUACGGUGUGACAGGCUGGCUGCAGAUUCAAGGCCUCAAAAAAUCAGAUGAAGGCAUCUACAUCUGCCAUACCAAAAAUAAGUAUGGUGCAACAUAUGCCUCUGCAAGAUUGAAAGUCAUUGAUGGUUCACCUUCCGCGUUUGCAUUUACUGCUAGCAGAAGUGCAAGCUAUGACCCUGACUAUUGGGACUACUAUGACCCUUCGGAUGAUGAGGAUGAAGAAGAAUAUGAAUCUGGGGACUAUGAAAAUUGAAACGACUCUGAAUAAUAAUUUUUAUACAUAUAUUGUCCAAUACUUUUCACACUGUUAUAUUUACUAGUAUUCUCUGUGCUGGCAAUGGCUCCUCUGAUAACACACACACUCACUCGUGUAUCCCGCCUGCCUGGAGUUCAGCUUUGGCUGAAGUGUAUCACGUUACUUACUAGAAAUAAGAACAGUUGUAAGUUCAUACAUUUAAACUGUUAAAUAAAAUUCUCAAAUGUG